AUGUCCUCAGUUAAUGUUGUGCCUUGCGUCAAACGCGUGAUUUCCAUGGGAAAUCCACGGGUGCCUCCAAGGGCAACCCCGGGCGUCCGAAGCGUCCUGCUCGUAAGGUUGCCCAAGGGUGACCAAGUAUCAAGUCAGGCUCCAGAAAACAAGACGAAAGGUCACUGCAAAAAGAUAGGUGCUUCUCCUCCAGUGAUGCCUCAUCGCCGUGCAGCUGUGGGUGCCAAAGUCAAGGGCAACAAAGGGGACGAGUCUGAUCUCCGUUUGGCUGAAGCAGAGCAGCUCUGCAUGUUGCAGCAAAGUGCGCUGGAUCGAAUCAGCAUGGAUUUUCAACACCUCAAGGCUCUCAUCGAACGGGUGGUGAUGCUGGCUGACACCGAACGCCGGAAUGGCGCAGAGGGUGGCAACUUUGCAGCACUGCUGCACCGUUUGCGUGAGAUCAUUGCGGCCAACCAUCGAACACCAUGUACGACUCGCGAACUUGCACCUUUGCCUGUAGCUGCGACUUCCAUCACCUGUGACGACGAUGACAUGGAGCUGGCGGAGGGUGAGGUGAUUUGCUAUGGAGAACAAGUUCCUGAGCUCAGUUGA